ACCCGCGAAUCUUUAAUCACAGCUGGCACAGCAGUGGCGCAUGCGCCGGCAUAACCUGCGAUGUAGCAGUUCGUCCCUGACGGAAGGUCGAAAAUGUUACGUUCCGUUACACAUAACGUCCCCCAGGGACUAGUGUCCCUGGUGCGCAACAAUGUAGCGGCGUCGGGGCCGGCUGUCACAUUGAAGGUUCAGACCAAACACAUGGCCACGGAGUCGUCCGUGCAGGAGGCGAAGCCCGCGCUGCCGGGGAAACCGAAGGUCGAGCCGUACAGCCCUUUCCAGCCGACUAGUACGGCAGAGUAUGCCCUGGCCAGAUUAGACGACAUACUCAACUGGGGGCGCAAAGGGUCGAUAUGGCCGAUGACCUUCGGCCUGGCCUGCUGCGCCGUGGAGAUGAUGCACAUCGCGGCGCCUAGAUACGACAUGGACAGAUUCGGCGUGGUGUUCCGCGCCUCGCCCCGACAGUCGGACGUCAUUAUAGUUGCUGGCACACUGACGAAUAAGAUGGCACCCGCCCUGAGGAAGAUCUACGAUCAGAUGCCCGAGCCCCGGUGGGUCAUUUCCAUGGGGAGCUGCGCGAACGGAGGCGGAUAUUAUCACUAUAGCUAUUCCGUGGUCAGGGGCUGCGACAGGAUAAUACCCGUGGACAUUUACGUGCCUGGUUGUCCCCCAACGGCUGAAGCAUUGUUGUACGGCGUUCUUCAGUUGCAGAAGAAGAUAAAGCGUAUGCAGACCACGCAAGUUUGGUACAGGAAGUAAUGUACCUGACGUCUAUAGUGAUAAAUGUAUAAAUUAUUGAAAAAUUGUAAGAUAACUGAUACAUAAUUAAGCAAUAGAGGAGUUGUCACUCAAAAAUGUGAUUGACAAAAUAAAUCACAUUUAAGUGAAAA